AUUGGAUUUGCCUGCUACUGCAGUAACUGCGCUCUCGCUGGGUAACCUUGCGCUGCCGCCGCGGUGCCGACUCUGCUGGAAGAAGGUGACCGCUCGGCUGCUCAGCUGCUGGUGCCGAGGUGAUUGAGAAUGGGCCCUCAAGGAUGCUAAGUCUACAAUGGGAAGUGUCACACUUCGCUAUUUCUGCUAUGGGUGCCUUUUCACAUCUGUGACCUGGACACUUCUGCUGUUUGUUUAUUUCAACUUCAGUGAAGAGAACCAACCCUUCAAGAAUGUGCCCGUCAAGGGGCUGGAACCUCAGAGGCCGCUUCCCAAAAAAUUCUACCCCCGUUUUACGCGGGGGCCUGCUCACGUACCUGAACUGCAACAGAGGGACAGUAGGGUAGGAAAGCCUCUUGGAAAUCAUAUCCAGGACCCAGUUAAGGGGGAGGUGGAAUUGUCUCCUGAAAUGGGAAUGAUUUUUAAUGAAGAAGAUCAAGAAGUGAGAGACUUGGGCUAUCAGAAGCAUGCUUUCAACAUGCUGAUCAGUAAUCGGCUGGGAUACCACAGGGAGGUGCCUGAUACUAGAGAUCCUAAAUGUAGGGAGAAGUCCUACCCUUCUGACCUGCCAUCUGCCAGCGUUAUUAUCUGUUUCUACAAUGAAGCACUUUCUGCCCUGCUUCGCACGGUCCAUAGUGUCCUGGAUCGUACUCCUGCACACCUUCUUCAUGAAAUUAUUUUGGUGGAUGACAACAGUGAAUUGGCUGACUUGAAGAAAGACUUGGAUGAAUAUGUGAAAACUCAGCUUCCCAAAACCACAAAGCUGGUGAGAAAUGAAAAGCGAGAAGGCUUGAUUCGAGGAAGGAUGAUUGGAGCUUCUCAUGCCACAGGGACAGUGCUGGUGUUCCUGGACAGUCACUGUGAGGUGAAUGAGAUGUGGUUGCAACCUCUGCUGACUCCCAUCAGAGAAGACCGCAGGACUGUGGUGUGCCCUGUGAUUGAUAUAAUCAGUGCUGACACUCUCACCUACAGCUCCUCCCCAGUUGUGCGUGGAGGGUUUAACUGGGGCCUGCACUUUAAGUGGGACCUUGUUCCUUUGUCAGAACUGGAGGGACCCGAGGGAGCCACUGCUCCAAUCAAGUCACCGACGAUGGCUGGAGGCCUGUUUGCCAUGGAUCGCGAGUACUUCAACGAACUUGGGCAGUAUGACAGUGGCAUGGACAUCUGGGGAGGAGAAAACCUGGAAAUAUCUUUUAGGAUCUGGAUGUGUGGUGGCAGGCUCCUGAUCAUCCCCUGCUCCAGGGUGGGACACAUUUUCCGCAAGAGGCGUCCCUAUGGCUCGCCAGGGGGCCAGGACACGAUGGCUCAUAACUCUCUGCGGCUGGCACACGUCUGGAUGGACGAAUACAAGGAGCAGUAUUUUGCUUUGAGACCCGAGCUAAGGAUGAGGAACUAUGGCAAUAUUACUGACCGCGUGGAAUUGAGACGAAGACUGAACUGCAGGUCCUUUAAGUGGUACUUAGAUAAUAUCUAUCCUGAGAUGCAAGUGUCUGGGCCCAAUGCCAAAGCUCCGCAGCCAGUCUUUGUUAAUAGAGCACAGAAACGGCCAAAAAUAAUCCAGCGAGGAAGGUUAUAUCACCUUCAAACCAACAAAUGCCUGGUUGCCCAGGGCCACCCGAGCCAGAAAGGAGGCCUGGUAGUAGUUCGGGAAUGUGACUACAAUGACCAAAACCAGGUCUGGGUUUACAACGAGGACCACGAGCUGAUUUUAAACAACCUGCUGUGCUUGGACGUGUCGGAAACUCGCUCCUCCGACCCUCCGCGCCUCAUGAAGUGCCACGGCUCCGGCGGCUCGCAGCAGUGGACCUUUGGGAAAAACAACCGCCUCUACCAGGUCUCCGUGGGGCAGUGCAUGAAGGUGGUAGAUCCUCUUAGCCACAAAGGGUACGUGACCAUGGCCAUCUGUGAUGGGUCCCUUCCUCAGCAGUGGCAUUUUGAGAGCUGAGACGCGAAGAUGCAGCUGAGAAGGUUAAGCCAAGACCUGAUUCCCCUUCAGCCGUGAUUUUAAGUCGUUCUGGAGGGCUCUGUGAGGAGCCCUUAGCUGCUACACCUGUCCCGGCCGUGCAAGGACCCUGCCCUGAAGAGCUGUGUGCGUUAUAAGGUCCAGGAGGUCACCGGUCCCUGCUCAGACACAGCAGUGGUAGGAGCAGCCCUGCUGCAGGACAAGAUGUAGAAGUGCAAUUUCUCAGCGGUUCCUUGGAUUAUCCUGGAGUUUGGAACUGGUGUUGAGUAAGAGAAAUGAUCAGAGCAAUGGAAUGUAAAGGGUGAGGUUUUAGCUUCGGGGGUCUUCUAAAUGACCGUGACAGAAAGGAGUCUCCUCAAGUAUUUCACGUGCAGUAUCUCAUUAAUUCAUGUUUUUAGGAUGGUUCUACUGGCCAAAUAAUUUUUCUUUUUCUGGAAAAUAAUUUUAUUUGCUUUUAUCUUCUGACAAUUGUCAUUGGUAAUAUGUAAAUUUAGUUCUUCUGAUUUACAACUUUAGUAGUUUAAAUCCUUUGCUGUCAUUCAUCCCCUCGUAUUUAAAGCAAAGUAACUAUUACAAAGUCUAUUUUGAUGACUCAUGACAGUAGCUGCAGUUAAAAUAAAGUAUCAUUUUUGUAUUA